GCAGACUUUUCCUUCAGGAGGACCCUCCGCAGCGCGCCAUGGAGGGCUACCGGAACGCCACCGAGGUGCAAAUGAGUCAGAUGGUGCAGCCCUGCCACACCAACUACCGCCAGGAGCUCAGCAUCGGGCAGCUGCUGAAGUGGAUCGACACGGCCGCCUGCCUUUCGGCUGAGAGGCAUGCAGGCUGCCCCUGCGUCACAGCUUCAGUGGAUGAUAUCUAUUUUGAGCACACAAUUAGCGUGGGGCAAGUUGUCAACAUCAAAGCUAAAGUGAACCGAGCAUUUAAUUCUAGCAUGGAGGUAGGGGUGCAGGUCAGCUGUGAGGAUCUCUGCAAUGGUAAUCAAUGGAGUGUGUGCAAGGCAUAUGCAACAUUUGUCGCUCAAAGCAAGCCAACUGCUAAGAUAAAGUUGAAGCCCCUGGAUCCUAAAACAGAAGAGGAGAAAACGGAAUACAGCAUUGCUGCUGAACGUCGCCGUAUGCGACUGGUGCACACGGAUACAAUAAAAGAGCUGCUUACUAAGAGCCCUGUGCAGGCUGAUCUUGAGAACAGAGAAUGCAACAUGACCGUACCUGCUGAAAAGACCAGAGUGGAAAGCGUGGAACUCAUUUUACCCCCACAUGCCAACCAUCAGGGAAACACGUUUGGUGGGCAGAUCAUGGCGUGGAUGGAAAACGUGGCCACAAUAGCAGCAAGCCGAUUGUGCAAUGCCUAUCCCACCCUGAAGACCAUUGAAAUGUUCCAUUUCAGGGGACCAUCCCAAAUUGGGGACCGCCUUCUGUUCAAGGCCAUUGUUAACAAUGCAUUUAAGUACAGCAUGGAGGUUGGGGUGUGUGUCGAGGCCUAUCGACAUGAAAUGGAAGUCAGCCGAAGACAUAUAAAUAGUGCUUUCAUGAUUUUUGUAGUCCUCAAUGAAGAUGGUCAGCCACGUACACUUCCAAUGCUGAAGCCAGAACCAGGGGAUGGAGAAAGACGGUUUAAAGAAGCUAGCGCGAGGCAAAAAAUUAGACUAGACAGAAAAUAUGUUGUGUCCUGCAAAUAUACUGAAGUACCUUUAUCUGUGCCUUGGGACCAGAGUAACAAGGUUUAUCUGAGUUAUAACAACGUUACUGCACUGAAGACAUUGGUAGCUAAAGCCAACUGGGUACUUGCAUCUGAAAGAGACAAGUUCAAGAUGUACGUUCUGGAAGAGGACAAGUUUCUCUCUGUCCGAAUUGAGAUGACCAUCCGCUUUAAUGUGCUGCAAGCCUUCUUGUUGCUGUCCAAUCUACGAAACAGACCCGAGUGGGACAGACAUUGUGCGAGCUGUGAACUUGUCCAGCAAGUUGACAAGGAUGACAUGAUUUAUCAUGUAAUUAGUCAUACUGUCAGUGAAGAAAACAAGCCUUUGGACUUUGUUGUCCUGGUAUCGCAAAGAAAACCUUGUGGCACAGGGGAUCCCUAUGUUUUAGCAUUCAGAUCAGUUACAUUGCCAACACACCCUGCAAAGCCAGAGUAUACCCGUGCAGAGACUUUAUGUUCUGGCUUUUGUUUUUGGCAAGAAACAGACGAACUUACCAAGGUGUCAUACUAUCAUCAGGCUACAUCAGGUGUGCUCUCCUAUAUCACAACAAAUGUAACUGGCCUGUCUUCAAGUUUCUAUCGCACUUUUCAAGACUGCGAGCAAUUCCUCCUGAAGAACAAAGACAAUGUCUCCGUUGGGCUUCAGAAUCUUUAGCUGCACCAAGAUUUUUCUGUCUGUCCCAUGAUGAACUUUGUUGUAAAUACAAUUAGAAAUCACUCCACUGAGUAUGUGAAGAAGAGAGGAGAAUUGAAAACGGACCUGUUCAAAUGCUUCAAUUUAUGUAGCCAGUCUUAGGGGAAAACCCAUUUAGGGAGACUUCUGAGCUAAAUCAAAAUUUUCUAUCCAGGUCAACCUAAUGAUCAGAGCUUUAGUAGUCAGGGUAUAAGUGAGCAAAAUGGGAAGAUUCUUCCAGGAUUUUGCAAGUCCUUACUUGCCUCCAUGUUGGCUUCUGUUGAAGUCCUAUAUGAUGAUCAGAAAAAUCUGAUGAAAAGUAGAACUUCAAACUUGAUACUUUUUGGUGAGGGUCUUCUAUCACCAUUUUUUCCUUGUUCAGGACACUAGGAAUUAAAGCACAGAUUGCAAUUUUGUAUUAAAUUCAGCUUAAGCAAGCUGUCAAAGUGAAAUGUAUUUUAAAGUGCCUUUUAAUCAAGGGAAUAAGAUUUGAAAGAGUGAAAAGUCAUAGGAAGAUAUCUUUUUUUAACAGGAGAAUCUACAACAUAAUAUUGGGGAUGGUGGUGGGUUAUCAUACCAUUAAAUAUGUAUGAAACUUCAAAGCACACUGUACAAACACAGCAAAUUACUGAAAUCAUGUCACAUGUAAACAAAAAUUUUAGACAUUCCUUAUGCAUAGUUUCUCCUGAAUGUUAGGAAAUUGCUGAUAUGUUUUAUUAAGGUUUGAUUAUUUUGCCACCAAGAAAUUAUUCCUCAGUUUUAUUUUUGGUAUUUUGGAAGAAAUGUUAUUCUUUGAUGACAGAAUACCUCAUUAUCUAUUUUGGUAGAUGGUUCUUUUCCCCUAAGGUUUUGUGCAAAUUUUUGCCAUGCCAAGCUUCCCAAAUUUUUUAAAGGCUUCUAAGGCAGUGGAAGGUUAUUGAAAUUAAUGACAAUAAAA